AACGUACUUCUCCGCGGUUUAUUGUACACUAACGUGUAUUGUUUUAUUCCUAUUUCCUAAGUGUUUUUGUCGUACUAAAUCUUCGGCUUUUUCGUCAUUGAGUGUUUUUGUUGAAAAAAGCAAGAUAAAAAUGGAAGAGGAACGAUCAAAAAAGAAAGAAAAAGAAGCGGCUAAACCAUCAGAACUUGAAAAAUAUUGGCAAGUUGUACGUGAUAAUCCCUUUGAUUUUGCUGGCUGGACUUUUUUGCUUCAUCAAAUAGAACAAGAAAAUAAUAUUGAAGCAGCAAGAGAAGCAUUUCAUGCAUUUUUUCAACAUUACCCAUAUUGCUAUGGUUACUGGAAAAAAUUUGCUGAUAUGGAGAAAACUCUGAAUAAUCCUGAAGCUGCUGAAAAGAUAUUUGAAGAAGGUACAAAAGCUAUUCCUUUGAGUGUUGACCUGUGGAUUCAUUAUAUAAAUUUUUAUAUAGCUCAACAGGCUGAUAAGGAAAAUUCUUAUGAAAAUAUUAAAGCGUUAUUUAAACGUGCCUUAGCAGCAGCAGGACGGGAAUUCAGAUCUGAUCGUCUGUGGGAUUUGUAUGUGAACUGGGAAGAAAAAAAUAAAAAGCUCAAAGAAGUUACCAAUGCGUAUGAUCAGCUUCUAACCAUUCCUACUCAGUUAUAUAGCCAUCAUUUUGAGAUGUUUCGUAAACAUGUAAAGAAAAAUACUCCCAGGGAAAUUCUUUCAACUGAUGAAUUUCUUGAGUUGAGACAGAGUGUUGUAAAAGCUCUCAAAAGUACUGCAGAUUCAAUAAUAGAUGAUGAGGAUGAUGAUGAAAAGAUCGCUGAUAAGUGUGAAGAUGCAUUACCACCCGGGAUGGAAAUAGAUGAUGCUCCACCUGGCUUAGAAGCAGAUGGUACUACUAUUGAAAAGGACAUGAUGAGUGCCCGGGAAAUCGAUAUCAUGAAGCAAAAGAUUGUUGAAAAACGAAAGCUCUUGCAUGAAAAGAAUGAAAUUGAAGUUGGAAAACGAUGGUCUUUCGAGGAAGCCAUCAAACGUCCGUAUUUUCAUGUAAAGCCACUGGAAAGAGCACAGUUGAAGAACUGGAAGGACUAUCUGGAUUUUGAAAUUGAAAAUGGGACACAUGAGAGCACUGUUAUCCUUUUUGAACGGUGUAUGAUUGCCUGCGCCCUAUAUGAAGAUAUGUGGCUUAAGUAUGCUAAAUAUAUGGAAGAGCGAGACCCUGAUGCUGCAGGUGAAGUUUAUGAAAGAGCAUGUAAAAUUCAUUUACCCAGAAAACCUAGCAUUCAUUUUUCGUGGGCUUCAUUUGAAGAAAAAAGAGGUAAAAUUUAUGCUUAUCAGUAUAUGAAUAAUGAUCAAAAAUUGCUAUUUUCUCAGCGGAAGUUAGAAUUCUUGGAAGAUUUUACAUCAGACCCACAGUGCAUUCAAGAGGCUUAUGAAGACUAUGCAAAAAUGUUCAAGUCACAUUAUUCUUCUAGGAAAAGAACAAUUGAAGAAAGUGAAGAAAAUAAAGAUAAAAAAAUCAAAAGUGAAGUUAAUGGUGCUGCCGUAGCAGUUGCAGCUACACCUACAGCCAAUGCAGCACAAACAGUAGCAGCAACAGUUACAGCUCAUGAUGCUGCAGCAUCUUAUCAGUAUCAACCGUGGACAGGCUAUGCUCAAAACUCAUACUAUCAACAGCCGUGGCCACCAUAUGCAGCAACAAAUUAUUAUUCAUCUCACUGAGGUUUUACGAACAUUUUUAUAUGCAUUAUAAAUAAAAUCAUUUACCAUUUUGAAUAAUUCAGAUUUCUGUACAUGUUUUCAUUUUAUUCAUUAUCAUGAAAUAGAAAUGUCAUAUAUUUUAAAUACAGAUGUGUUAUGUAUAAUAAAAUAUUCUCUUGAUUUUUUUAAACAUGAAUUUCCAGCAAUCUGUCAUUUGUUAGACUGAAAUAUUUUGUUGUUUUGAAAUGAAUAAUAAAAAAAUUGCUACUGUACUGAAUUCUGCAUUUUUAUAUUAAUGAGUAACUUAAAACAUUUGUGAAAUUUAAUUUGAUAGCUUUUUAUGCAUCUAAGGCUUGCCUAGGGAAGUAUUUUUCUCUUUCACUUUUAUUGAGAAAUGAAGUAGGUUCUUCAUUUUACAUGUAUAUAUUUAUAUAAAAUGCUUCAAUUUUUUUUUUUUUUUUUGUUUUUUGAAAUAUUGUUCCAGCUUAAUGCAAAUACUUCACUGCAAUGAUGCAUAAAUGAAAACCGAUUUUAUUUCAUUGGUUAGAAUUCUCUAAAUAACAUAACUUUAUGGGAAGCAAAUUUCUAUUUGCAUGUAAAAAGUAUACAUAUUGUUUAUGCUUGUGGAUGUGCAUUACAAAUAUGUCUCUUAAUUACAAUACCAUCAAUGAUUUUUAUAGUGGUUAGUAUAAUUUUAUGUUUAUUAAUGCAGGUGUCUUGAGAAUUGUUGUUUGUUAAUAUCAAUAAAAAAAUUAUUCAUA